UUAUUUUUCUUUUCUAAAACUAGGGUUUGGACUUUGCAGUGACGGCCUCUACCUAUAUAUCUUACUCGCUACUCUGAAGUUGGGGUUUGCCACCACCACCCAACCUUCAUCUUCACCUCGUGCGUGUGCUUUUGCGAUUCACAACAAUGGCAACUCAAAUGAGCAAAAAGAGAAAGUUCGUAGCCGAUGGAGUGUUCUUCGCGGAGCUGAACGAGGUUCUCACGCGAGAGCUUGCGGAGGACGGUUACUCCGGUGUCGAAGUUAGGGUUACGCCGAUGCGCACCGAAAUCAUCAUCAGAGCCACUCGAACACAAGCCGUUCUCGGGGAGAAGGGAAGGAGAAUCAGAGAACUCACCUCAGUGGUUCAGAAGAGGUUCAAGUUUCCAGAAAACAGCGUUGAACUUUACGCUGAGAAAGUCAACAAUAGGGGUCUUUGUGCUAUUGCUCAGGCUGAAUCUCUUCGCUACAAGCUCCUUGGUGGCCUCGCUGUACGCAGGGCGUGCUAUGGUGUUUUGAGAUUUGUUAUGGAGAGUGGUGCCAAGGGAUGUGAGGUCAUUGUGAGUGGAAAAUUGCGAGCUCAAAGAGCCAAAUCUAUGAAGUUCAAGGAUGGGUACAUGAUUUCUUCUGGGCAACCAGUCAAGGAUUACAUUGACUCUGCAGUUAGACAUGUUCUCCUUAGACAGGGUGUUCUCGGUAUCAAGGUGAAGAUCAUGCUUGAUUGGGAUCCUAAAGGAAAACAGGGUCCUAAAACUCCUGUCCCUGAUCUUGUUACUAUCCAUACUCCAAAGGAGGAGGAAGAAAACAUCCGACCUGCUGCUGUUUUGGCUAAUGAUGCCGAGGUCCCUGUUGCUUGAAAUGUUUUUAAGUGCUAUGGAGCAGUAAUUCAUAGUAGCUGAGUGCCUAGUUUUUAUUGUAUGCAAUGUUUGUUUUCAAAGACAUUCAAAAUUUUCUUUCUAGAAUUUUGAAGAAAUUGUCAUACUCAGUUACAAGUAUUUAAGUCUUAAGUUUUAUGUUUGCAUUUAUCAACUAAUCACACAUUGAUUAGGAAUAACUCCAGUUUUUUGUACCUGUCCAUUGCAUAUGAUGCUUAAGAAUCUUACUAUGUUCCAUAAUGUUAGUAGAAAACAUUUUACCAUGAUCUACACAUUUGUCAUCCAAGUGAAUUGACCUCCCUAGUGAAUGAACGGUAUCCAGCGAACUUCUUGUAUG